AUGUGGGAGAAGCUGUACAGCAGCGUUGUCAGCGUCCUGGACUUCAACCAGGCGACGCUGUCGGGAUGCGUGGACAUCAUCUGCGUUCGCCACAAGGAGGUGGUUGACGGGCCUGAUGGCUGUUCUCCGUCAGGUGAGUGCGCUGGCUUCUUUACUCAUGACAUCGGUUCAGCGGCCCCCUGCAACGAUGGCGACCCCGAGCUGCGGCCAAAUGAGCGUUGGGUGUACCGCUCCACUUCGUUCCACGUGCGUUUCGGCAAGACCAAGCUGCUGAAGUCGCGUGAGAAGACGGUAUCGGUGUACGUGAACGGUCAGCUGUCCAACCUGACCAUGAAGUUGGGCGCUGCUGGCGAGGCCUAUUUCGACGAUGACAGCGGCGAUGCCGCUGCGGGCACGCUCUCCCCGUACGCCCACCAGCUGAGCGACAUGUCCGUACUCAGUGAGGAGAACGGCGACAGUGCUGGCUACGCCCUGAUGGACUACGGCUACUACGCCUGCAGCAACAGCCGUUACAGCGUGAAGAGCGAUGACGCUGACCCUGCUUCGCAGUCGAGCGCGCCCCGUGCUUCCCAGGGGCAGCCGAAUACCGAUCGCAAUUCCGACCCCUCCCAUGCCCAGCAUGAAUCGGGCUGGCGCACCGCUGCGUCAUCCAAAGGUUCAAUCGGCGAGUAUUCCCGGGGCUGGGAUGAGUUGAGCAUCCAGAAGGACGUCGCGGGCAACUCACCGGACGACCAGAUCCUGCAGUUCAGUCUGUGCGGUCAUCUGCUGAGUGCGCAGGACGAGACCUUGAACCGCCAGCUGUUCGAGAGCAACAUGGUGGACUGGGAGCGUUUGAACGCCGACCCAUCCCUGUGGUACCACCCCUCGCUGGUAGCGCGCUUCGACAAUCGCCCCCCCUACUACCCCUCGAAGAUUGCGCUGCCUCUGCUUGCCUCGUGGAUAGUGUACAACAAGCCCCUCUCCGGCGAGGCCAUCGCGACACUGCUGCGCACGACGGUGCUCGCGAACAGCUCCCCAUCCCCCCUCCCUGCGCGCUCCACGGCGCAGGACGUGCGCAGCAACAUGUCGCCGCCCCGUUACGCCGGCUCGCGCGCUUUCAGGCGCUUCCGCGUGUCCAUUCGUCCCACGUCGGAGCAGCUGGCGGCCCUUAACCUGAAGAUGGGCGUGAAUAACAUCACGUUCACCGUGAACUCCUCGUGGCAGGGCACAAAGAGCGUGCAUGCGAAGUUGUACCUCUGGCCUGCCGACGCCCGUAUCGUCAUUUCGGAUGUCGACGGCACGAUCACGAAGUCCGACGCCCUCGGGCACAUCAUGCCCAUCCUGGGCCGCGAUUGGUCGCACACAGGCGUCGCGGAGUUGUUCACCAAGAUCCGCUCCAACGGCUACCGCGUCAUGUACUUGACCGCGCGCGCCAUCGGGCAGGCCGAUUACACGCGCGAGUAUCUCUUCGGGUUGACGCAGAAGGAGAAGGACAAGCUUCCCCACGGACCGCUGUUUCUGUCUCCGGACCGUUUGCUCCCUGCCUUCAAGCGCGAGGUUAUCAGUCGCAGCGCGUACAUGUUCAAGAUCCCCGCGUUGCGAGACAUCCGCAACCUUUUCCCGCCGGACCACAACCCGUUCUACGCCGGUUUCGGCAACAACGAGUCCGACCACCGCGCGUACGUGUCCGUGGGCGUCCCGGAAAACCGCGUGUUCAUCAUCAACCCCAGCGGCAUCAUCCGGCACGUGAACGUAAACUACGCCAAGACGUACGAGAGCAUGAGCGACAUUGCGGAGUUGAUGUUUCCCCCGUGCCCAGAUGCGCAAUCGAAUGCCGAUGACGAGCAACUCCAAGGCCAGUGA